GGUUCCAGCACCAUCAUGAACUCAGUGACGAAGUGGAGACAAGUUGUCAGUCUCUCAGAAUGGCCUGUUUAUAUCCUUCUCUGUAAAAGGAAAAUGUCUGACCAGGAGAAAGGCCCUGAUGCUCAGAAUGCUGUUGAUGCAUCAGGAAAAAGAAAGACGAUCAAUAUUCCGGUUCCCUCAGAAAAGGUUCCAGAGUCAGAUCAAACUGGAGACAGUGAAUCUGAACCAGGACCAUCUGCUGGAGGCCAAGAAAGAGGUGCUGAGUUACACAGUGACCAGAGCAUUUCAAACCUGGAACUAAAUGAUGUCGAGCAACUCAUGGAAGACGGUACGUCAACCGAACAAGGUUCCUAUUCUCCGAGAGACUGUGGAGACUCUCUGACUAAGUCUGUGAAUGCAGUGGAGUCAGCCAAACAAUACACAGAAGACCCUCUGACGUUGCUGGAAAAAAUAAAGGCUGGGAAAGAAUCUCUGAAAACAUCAACGAAAGAUGCUUCAGCAACAGUAAAAAUUGUACUUCUUCCAGUGGGCCAGAAAAUUAUAAUGCCCUUUAAAAUCGACACCAUUUUAAAAUACCUCCAGGAUCAUUUUUCAUCCCUGUUAGGUGUCCCACCUUAUGUACUGCAGCUGAGAAGUUCAGGAGUGAUUCUUAAAAAUAAUGAGACAUUGCUACAACAUGGAGUUAAGCCCCAGGAUGUUGUACAAGUGGAAAUCUUUUCUUUACAGCCAGAUCUAUAUCCACUCAAAAGAAUAACUGGAUUAAAUGAUGUCCCUCAAAUCAUAACUGUCAGAGUACAAACUGGCAUUGAUCUGUACCAGGAAGUGGGUGUUGAAAUUAUAAAAUCUGAUUUUCACAAACCAUUUCUUGGUGGAUUCAGGCAUAAAAUAACAGGAAUAGAAUAUCACAAUGCUGGAACACAGACUUUACCUAAAAAAAUUCUUGAAAAACAGAAUGCAUUUUGUAGGGAUACCCAGACAGUUUUUGAGAAAAGAAAGCUCCAACAAACUGCAAAUACAACAUCUACACAGAUGACUAAAAUUGGUGUGUAUGUAUCAAAUAUGACUGAUAAACUGGUAACACCAGGAAAAUAUUUUUCAGCAGCAGAAUACCAUGCUCAAAGACUAGAGGCGGUAAUAGUGCUACAGACUUACUACAGACAAUGGCAUGCUAAAGCCGUGGUAGAAAGUUUAAGAAGACAGAAAAUGUUAAGGUUGCAGUGGGAGGCACAGGAAGAACUAAGGAAGAUAAAAGAAAAAGAAGAGUGGAUGAAAUUGGACUAUCACCGGAGGCAUAAUCCUCAAACAAAAGAAGAUUUCGAACUUCUUUAUAAUGCACUAGAACUCUGGCGGCAAGAAGAACUUGCACGCAUUAACCAAUCUUUCACUGGAGCUGAAAGGAAAGCUGCUUUGUGUCAACUUCUGGAGAAAGAGACCCAGAUAAUUGCUUCCAUUGGGAGACAUAGAUACAUCGCUUAUAUGGCGAACCAGAAAGCACUAAUACAAACUUUUUUGGAUCAGUGUUCAGCUCCAAAGAUGUGGAGAAGAUUUGAUGGCAAAAUAAUUGAGAUGGAUACACAGUUCACCAUCAGAGCCAGAGAGCUGCAAAGCAUCUAUGAAUGCAUUAUGCUGAAAAACAUCUCUCAAGAUGAGAGGCUGGAUGUACUCUUAACGCUUAAACAUACUGUAAAGGAACAUGCAUGUAAACUGACUCAGGAAAUUCUAGAAUUGAUUGACAGGGAGGUUGACCUUAUGAUGAGAGGAGUCAAACAUCAUAACCUUGAAGGACUCAGGAAAAGGAUUGCAACACUCUUCUUUCAUUACAUCAGAACACCUUUGUUUAAUCCAGAAGUUGCAAGACACCUUAAGGUCCCUCAAGACCCAUUGAAGUUUUAUAAGAAGAUUUACUUUUGCCAUAGUUGCCAGCUCUAUUUGCCUUCUACAGAGUUCUCUGUAUCAUCCACCUCACACCGCAUUUACCGGUGUCGUCACUGCAUUAACCUUGACAAUGAGACUCGAAAGCGAGAAUCAUUUUUGAAGUACAAAUGUUUACUUCAACGACUCUACUAUUCAGAAGCUGAUUAUGAAGAUGAUUCUAAAAUUGCUUUCCUGAUGCAGCUGGAAGAUAUUCAGUACCUGACGGAGAACAUCUGGGCAUCCCAGUCGGCGCUCAGUGCCAGGAAUGAUCUCAACGAUCUGGUCAUGGUCAGAUGGGAUAAGUCCUUGGAAUGGUCGCCCUGGAACUGCAUUCUUCUUACCAAAGAUGAAGGCGCAACUCAUCUCAAGCUGCAGAGUAUGGAAGAGGGAUAUGAACCCUUGUUUAUUCACAAGAUCAAACACAAACAUUUCCUGGCUAAGAACUAUUUUUCUCAAAUUCCACUGCUGGCUGCAUUUUUACUUGAUGAUGGUGAAGUAGAUGAGAUCAGAAAGAAUCAUCAGACAGACACCACACCUAAGAUUAUAGAAAUCCAGAGGCCUAGCCCUUAGAAGAUCCAGGAGUAUUUUUUGAUGAUCAGCAUUUUUGUCCACUGCUAAUAGAGUAAUACGGAGGUCACACAAUAUGGAAAUAGAAUUUUAUCUUUUUGUUGAUUUUAAUCGUUUUUCAUAUUGUCAUAAGUUGUAUGAAGAGAACUUUCCUAUAUAAACCCUUUACUGUUAGACAGUUAGUGCUAAAUUUAAGUACAAUUUUGUUCCCAAAAUUAGUAUUUUAAAGUGAAGAGAACGUUUUAUUUUACUUAUUUUUCAUAUUAAAUUUUUUAAAAAUGUCAGGUACACUAUAGUUAAAAUCAACAGAAAAACAAAAGUUAGGCUUAUCUUUCAACUCAUAUUUAUUUUAGAUAAAAUGUAGUUAAAGGAGAAUAAUCAGUAUAUGGAUGAGAGGAGACAUUAUAGAAUUCUCCUUCAUGAAAAUCCUUACAGGUAGGAUAAAAGAUGCUAUGUUUUAAUAUAAAUAUUUGAAUCUUCACAUUUUAGCUUCAUCUUCCAUUCUUCUCAAAAUUUCAAUGGAAAAACUGAAACUAUUUAUAAACAAACAAAAUGUACAUUCCAUGCUGGAAGACAGGAUAAAUAUCUUUUGUUCUAUGGUAGAAAACCCCCCAAUGGGGCAAUAAGGAACUCUGUAAGAAGAAUAAACUUGGUCAAGUAAACUUUAACAAUUCCUUUCCCUAAUAAACCAAAAGAAUAGCCUUGACCACAUGCAUGGCAGGGACCCACAAUGAUGAACAGGAUAAUGAGUCAGUCUUAACAAAAUUGGCAGCACAUUCAAAAUAGGAUGAUUCAAGGAGAGUUUACUUUAAAGGGAUUUUUUUUUAAUAAAGCCUGGGCAGAGUGUAGGGAAACUGAGGGAACAGUGUAGGAACCUGGGCUCAGUAUUAGGUAAGCUGUCUCUACCCUAAUCUCCAAUGAAUCUGGGGAGGGAGAGGCCUGGGAACCUGGACAGACUGUAAAGAAGAUAACGGGGAGGACCAGUGACCAGCUGUCAGGGCCCAGAUGAUCUCAUGAGCCUGACAGACAAACACUCUGAUCUCAUCUUCUCCCUUCCUCCAGUCUCCUGCUUGGAUUUCCAGCUGGCAGAACCCAGAAGGAAACCAGAAAAGACAGAAUUCUGUGGACACAAUUCAUACAGCUUCAGGGCAAAGAUCAAAGGAGAUAAGAGGGAGUGGGUCUGGCUGGCUCAGGAGAAGAUAUCCAGCUGAGAGAGAAUUAAAAGUGAAAAUGAAGAUCUGUAAUUCAAGUAGUAGUAUUUCAACACACAACAUAAUUAUGUAUGUGUGUAUGUAUAGAGAGAGAAUUCUCCCAAUUCCAGUCAGCAGUUAGCAAGGCUGUUCUCUCAAGCUUAGUGAUCAAGGAAACAAGGAAUUCAAUCUAAAUAUUAAUAUUUGUUUUACAAAAUAUUUUCCAACACUUUAACAACAUAUUUUCUAGGAUGUCCACAGUGGUUUUACUUGGCAAAUGCAUGGCACGUGGAUAUUUAAGGAGCUAAACAUCAAAAAGGGAAGUGCUAUAAAGCCGCCAUUAUUUUCAAAUUUUCAUAGACAAUUCAGAUGUUCUGGGAACUUUCUAAACAGUAAAUUACAGAUAGGAUUAGAUUGGGGACCAUUCUGAUCACUGAUAAAAAGGUUAAGAUUUAACACAGACAAAA